CGCCAGGUUGUGUCAUGCUGGGCAGCAGGGUGUGUGUUACGACGCGCAGUUUGAUUUGGACACUCAGCGACUAUCUGCGUUAUGAAGACCGUCGCUCCCGGAUGGUCGCGGACUUCCCCCAACGCCGAGCUGUCAGUUACGAGCCAACGUCGCGUUACAUUCGGCGGGGCGUGUCCUGCGCCUUCAACGCCCACAGCUGUGUGCGGGCUCGAGGGACCUGUUCCACGCACGAGCGUCGGGAAGUCUGAUGAUACUGGUGUCAGUCAGCUGGCCUGUCGAGCAGGAUGUGCAGGGCGUCGGCUCGUACUUUACACAGAUGUGAUUUAGUGCCUCAGCAGAUUUUACUCUCCAAUGGCAGACCAAGGCACACUGUCUUCAAAGAGAGGAACUGAAGAAGACACAAUGUCCGUGACGGUGGAGACCACAGCGUCCGGGGUGCCUCUGCCUCUCCCGACCCACUUCUCCCACGCGGAGCAGUCCUUCUCCCUCAAAAAGCGACAUGUGCCCUUUUCCCUGUCGCCCAUGUCCAACUCGCCCUACUCUUCCCCCGCCCGGCUCUCGCGUUCUUUGCCCCCGCUGCCGCCGUCCAAGGGAUGCCCCCCCUUGAGCCGGAUGUUCCCGCAGCAUCCAUCCCCCUGGACACCCCUGUCUGGCUCCCUUAGUAAGUCUCCCUGUCCCAAUUCUGUGUACGAUCCCAGCAAACAGCAGUCCUAUUUCAGUCAGUGCUUCACUAAUUUGGGUUUGCUGGGAAGAGGAUCCUUUGGAGAGGUCUACAAGGUGCAGAGUAAUGAGGAUGGUCGCCAGUAUGCAGUGAAGCGCUCCGCUCAUCGCUUCAGGGGUAACAGCGAGAGGAACCGGAGUGUGAGGGAAGCCAGGAACCACGAGCGCCUGUGUCCUCACCCCCACAUCCUGUAUUUUGUGGCAGCCUGGGAGGAGUGUGGUCGAUUGUACAUUCAGACAGAGCUGUGCAGCACCAGUUUGCUGCUCCACGCUGAGGACCAGCCUCCCGGCACAGACGAGCCUGCAGCGUGGGCCUACUUGUGCGACCUCCUCUCAGCACUGCAACACUUGCACUCUCGUGGUUUCGUUCAUCUGGACCUCAAGCCUGCCAAUGUCCUCCUCACUGACUCCGGUCGCCUCAAGCUGGGUGACUUUGGGCUGCUGCUUGAGCUCAAAGACAAGAGUACAGAGCCUGUCGGGGAGAAAGUGAAAGAGGAUGCUCAGGAGGGAGAUCCCAGAUACAUGGCCCCCGAGCUUCUCCGUGGCGACUAUGGACCUGCUGCAGAUGUUUUCAGUUUGGGUGUUUCUAUUCUGGAGCUCGCCUGUAAUAUGGAAGUUCCAAAUGGUGGAGAGGGCUGGCAACAGCUCAGACAAGGCUGCCUCCCCUCAGAGUUUACCAGUGGCCUGUCGACUGAGCUGCAGACUGUAUUACAGAUGAUGCUGGCACCGGAGCCUUCUGAGAGGCCGACAGUCUCGGAGCUUCUUGAUCUCCCUUCUGUCAGGAAACACAGGUGGAAGAGGCGCAUCUAUCUUAUGGUCACGGAGACUGUGCUGACACUGGCCUCCCUCUUUCAGUUGGUGGUGUGCUUUGGGUGCAGACUCCUGUCCUCCCACUUGUCCUUUCUUCCUCGUUGGACCAAACCAGUGCCCUGCACUCCUCCUAAGGACAGUUGGGACCGGGAUUUAACCCUGUCCCUCAGCGCAAUGCAUGCUGACUCGGGCAGCCCGGAGGAUGACGCAGUGUUUCUGUUGGAUCACACAGACGCAGAGCUUUCGCCCAACUUCUCACACAGGGUGAAAUCCAGACUGUCUGUGGAAAGCACAUCCACUCCUCUCCCAUGUUUACUGACACACAAUCAUCAAAGUCCUGCCCACACACCCACUCACUCAAAUCCGGGUGCCUGGUCCUCCUGUAGCUUGGUCCAAACCCCCUGUAGCGUCCGCUCUAAUGGUUCGUGCCGCACGCUGACCCCAAGUGCAAGCCCCAUUCACACAGGGCUUCAUAUGGAGAGCAUGACUGAAAAGUCCGUGCAGAGCCGCGAGUCUUCAUCCACCAAGUCUUCACAGCGGCGUGGUCAUAACUGGGUGCAGGCUGAGGAGGCUUUACCCCGACCCAACUUUGAACCAAAGAACCUGCUCAGUCUGUUCGAGGAAACGUCUUUCGAGGAACAGCCAUGAGUACAAGACUGCCAGUUUACCUUUGUGUCAGGUUUAAUGCCAACGGAUCUAUGAAUCUACCAAGUUCACUGCUUUGUUUGUAUGAACUGUUUUUUUGCCAUUUUGUGACAGUCGUGCAACAGAUUCUUUUAACAAGUAUUUGGAGAAAAGCCUUGAAUAUGUAAUCAAACCUUAAAGCACUUUUAUGUUAUGUAAAUGCAAUCCAUUGCUGUAAUGACAAGUCGUGGUUUAUUGUUGAAUAAGUUAUCCUUAGCUUGGUGUGCUCUGAGUCAUGAACCUCAAGAGUUGCAGAAGAAAAAAUAAAAUGAGGAAAAUGCAGAAUC